UGAGGAGUUGAACAUCAAGACUGGGACCCCUAGGGCUGGAAGCCAUAGACUGGCGCUAUGGAAUACACUGGAAGCCAAUAUAUUGGGGAAUUUGUAGAUGGGAGAAUGGAAGGCAAAGCUGAAUACAUCCUCCCAACUGAAACAAGAUAUGUUGGGGAAAUGAAGGACGGCAUGUUUCAUGGUCAAGGAACCCUGUACUUUCCCAACGGGAGUCAAUACGAUGCUGUUUGGGAAAAAGGAUUGGUGGUAAAGGGUACAUACACCUUCGCAGAUGGGCUACAGUAUGAUGACAAGUUCUGGCAUUACUGCGACAGCUAUGAUCGGAGGUUUUAUACUGAGAUCUGCCAUGGCCUGAAGCCUGCAGGUAUCUCUCAACUCACCAAUAUGGACCCACCUAGAAAAAUCCCUAAUGGAUUUUAUGAUUGUGGAGAUGGCUUCUAUAAUCCGAAAACAAGGAUUGUCAAGGACUAUCAGAAGCGAUUUCUGAGAAAUGCAGAUGAUGAUGAGCAUGAGUGGAUUGUCCGGACAUGUCGGAAAGGCUGGGAUGAGGGCAUGCAUCUGAAGCCUGAGUUACAUCCAAAACCCCAGGCUGUGCAGCCAAAGCUCGAUUUCAUGCAUCCGAAGCCCAAACUGUGAGCUCUGCAGCCACCUCCACCAGGUGUCCUUCCACAUUGCUGGUGCUGGUUAGCUGGCUAGCCCAGGAGGGAAGAAUGUUGUCUAGAGCCUGACUUUGAUUCCAGAAUAAAGGCUUGCUGCAAUUA